AUGGCUGCCGCUUCAUACACGAGCACUGUCGAGCAAAUGGAAAAUAUUUUAACAUGUGCGAUAUGUGAGAACAUCUUGAAGGAACCACGGACACUCGAUUGCUUUCAUUCGUUUUGUGUACAUUGCCUUACAAAGUAUAUUGAAAUUCAACGCGAGGAAACCCAAGAAAAACAUGAAGCCGAACAUCUGUUCGAUUGUCCUACGUGCAAAACCCAAUUUCAACUCAGACAAGACGAAAGCGUGGAAGGAUUACCAGCCAACUAUUUUAUAAACAACAUGCUCGACAUAAUGAAAAUACAAAAAGCACAAAAACUGCCUUGUGAAGCUUGUAAAGGUCAAGGCCCUGCCCAAUGUCGAUGUAUUGGAUGUGAACGUUAUCUUUGCAAGAACUGUUUGAAUGCGCACAACAACCGGUCUGACCUUAAAAAUCAUGAUGUGCUGACUUUGGAGGAAUUGACAAAACCUGAAAACCAGUCAAAAGCGAGAGCAAAACCACGCUGCCAGAAACAUGGGCAUGAAAAUAAACCGGCACUUGAAAUAUAUUGCAAUACAUGUGAGGAACUGGCUUGUAUUAAUUGUGUUGUCCUAGACCAUCCGCCUGCCCAUGACUAUCAACCUAUCGAAGUAGUAGCAGAAGAGCACAAGAAAGCAUUGAAGACAACUUUCGACAUCUUACAGAAGAAAUCAAACGAAAGUCAGAAUGCCUUGAAAAAAAUACAAGAUGCUGUUGAAUUCCUUGGAGCCAAGACAGCCAGAGACGCCAUCUUGAAGCAAAAAGAGGAAAUUCUGAAUGAAUUUACUCGGCAGCUGGAAGUAAAAACGAACGCCUUGCUUGGAGAGGUGGACGAGAGUUACUGUCAAGGCAGCGAAAACCUUAGCAGGCAACAAAACAUCAUGAAAGCUUACGUGGAGAAGGUGAAUGGCUCACUGGUUAUUGCGAAGAAUGUUAUUGAAAAGGGUAGCAGCGAAGACAUUCUUUCAAUUGCCAAUAAAAUCAAAAUGAAUGCCGAAGACAUCGAGCAGGAAUGUCCAAAGUUGAUGCAACCAACUGGUUGUACAUGUGUUGAAUACCAGGCAAAAUCGACUGAAUCUAUUUUUGGCAGUAUAAAUGUGAAUGAUCUUGGAAAUGUUGGUAGGCCAACAGUUUUAAAGUGCUUAUAUAUAUACAACGAAAUUUUAAUACCAUUUUUUGUCAUGAUUGAAUUGAAAAGAAAAGAAAAAAUGACCAGAAUGAAACUAUGCCAAAUUUGCGAUUCCCCUGAAACGAUUUCGUAGCGCUUUGCAUUGUGGUUAUAGUGGUAUCACUGAUAUUCAAGAUGGCUUAUUUUUUGUCCUGACCCGUGCAAGAACUUUUAAAAAAGCUAUAGGGUCAGGUGCGCGUUUGCCAACGGCAAAAUAUUCACGAAAACAUUCCGAAUAAUUUCAUUCGAGGCCGGCGCGCCGCUAUCUUUAUCAGUGAUACCAUUGUAACCACAAUGCAAAGCGCUACGAAAACAUAAUAAGGGGAAUCGCGAACUCUCUUAGCUUGUUUCAUUCUUGAGAUAUUUGACAAUAAUUUUUGAUAUGCUAAUUGUCCUCAUUAUGACAUGACAUGACGUCACAAUACAUUUUGAAAAAAUCAAAAUAAUAAAACCGUGCAUAUGGGUUAUGUCAUCAUAUUACAAAUAUAUAAUAUAUGUCGACAAAUUUGAAUCAGUUAUAAUAUAUAAGAGAUUAUUUUUUUGAAAAACUAUUAUCCAAGUUGCGUCAUAGUAGGCCAAGUGAGGAUAGUUUGCAUAUCAAACAUUGUUUUAAGAAUAUCGCAAGAAAAAAACAACUGGUAAAAGAGCAAAAUAUGUACAAUGUUGGACAUAAUUGGUUGACGGACUAUUCCCCCCCCCCCUUUACAAAAUUCGCAUAUUUUGAUGAAAAAUUACAGUACAUGUUGAAUCAUGUUGCCCUUCUUAAGCCUCUGCUGCCCCAACUCAAUGUUAAGUUUGUGUCAUGGUAUAUUACCAAACGUUGUUUCGGCGUUGUUUACAACAUUGAACUGGGAGGGGGGGGCGGGACAAAGUUUGUUUUGUCAAUGUUCAAUAACUUUGUACAAUGUUGGCUGGAAUGGUCUCAACGGUUUUGUCCAAGAUUUUAGCUUAGCCAUUUUGAAUUUUUUUACAAUGUAAUGUGUAGUUUUAAGAAAGGAGUCUAAAAAAAAGAAAACAUUGUCCUUGUUUCUAUACAGUUACAGAAACACGCGUGGACGAUCGAUUUGGAGAACGAUAAAUGAAUAGAACUACCACAAGAGUUUCUAUAACUUUACGUAUGGAAACACAGGAAAGGUGUUUUCUAUUGAUUUAUGAUACAGUAUAGCUCAAGCAAUGUUUUAUAGCCAUUUUUAUAUCGAAAUUAUCAUUACCUCAGCAUACAAUCCACUCGAUCAGUUUCCUGGUCGCCUUUCCUCGUGAAUUUGACUAUAAAAUAGUCAAGUUCUUUUCUAUUUAAACUGAGAAUUCCCUUUUUGUUUUGGUUGUCAAAACUAAUAUUAUCACAUAUUAAAUUAACACAUAUUAUUUUGAUUGCAGCGCGUGUUAAAAUUGUUUUGUUGACGUUUUAAAACUAUAUCAAAGCUGUGAUACGGGAAAUUUCCCUUAUUCACAUACAGUUAAAGAAUCACGCUUCUCGACCAAUCAAUACUAGCGUACUAUAAAUAUUAUAUUAUAUAUAUUAUAUAUAAUAUACAUCAUAUAUAGUUAGUGUGAUUCAGAGUGACUUUGCUUGAUAAAAUUGGUACAGUUAUAUUUAAUAUAAAUUAAACUGAGAUAGUUUUGUUUAGUUUAGUUCACCUUACUCUUGAAAUUCUAAUAGAAUUGUGAUGGAUUUAUUUAGUCUGUGAUCACUAAGCAAGUAGUUCACCUUUCUUUUGCAGCUGCAAUGGAACAAAAAGUUGAUACUCAUGGCAGAGUUUAUUAUGUUGAUCAUAUUACCGGGACUACAACACAGAAACGACCUCAAACCCAGUUGGCUGAAGAAGAUUGA